AUGGCUAGACGUUACGAUUCGCGCACGACCAUUUUCUCGCCUGAGGGGCGCCUGUACCAGGUGGAGUACGCGAUGGAGGCGAUCUCACACGCCGGCACAGUCAUCGGUGUGCUGAGCAAGGACGGCAUAGUGCUGGCAGCAGAGCGGCAGGCGACGUCGAAGCUGCUGGAGCAAGAAAUCGGCAGCGAGAAGAUCUACGAGAUGAACGACAACGUGGUGGCAGGCGUUGCGGGUCUGACGGCGGACGCAAACAUCCUGAUCAACCAGUCGCGGCUGAUUGCGCAGCGCUACCUGAUGACCUACGACUCGCCCAUCCCCGUCGAGCAGCUGGUGCGGCAGCUGUGCGAUCUGAAGCAGGGGUACACACAAUUCGGCGGUCUGCGUCCGUUCGGCGUGUCGUUUUUGUGCGCGGGCUGGGACCAAAAGUUUGGAUUCCAGCUGUACCAGUCGGAUCCGGCCGGCAACUACUCGAGCUGGAAGGCUGCGUGCAUUGGCGAAAACUUCACGAAUGCGCAGAGCAUCCUGAAGCAGGAAUAUAAGGAUGACGAUGCAGCUGAGGGAGUCGAUGGGGCGGCGACGCAGAUGUCGCUGGACGAUGCCCUGCAGCUUGCGUGCAAGGUGCUGUCCAAGACUAUUGAUACGGCAAAGCUGACCAGUGAGAAGCUCGAGUUUGCGACACUGACGCUCAAGGACGGCCGCCCAAGCAUUUCUAUCUACUCAUCGGCCGAGAUUGACGCGCUGCUGGAAAAGAACGAAGCAGUUAUCAAGCCUGCCGACAACUAA